UUACACGCCCUCUAUCACCAAUUCACCAUGGCAUCUCCCAAGGAGAACUUGCAGCUGGAAGAACCACUUCUUGAGGAUUCAGUAUUAAAGAGACGGGACCAAAUUGUUGACAUCAAAGGAACUCCAGCUCCUGGAGCGAAGCACCGUAACGGCAGUUGGAAAGCAUGCAAGUUUAUCUUAGUGACUGAAUGCUUCGAGGAGCUAGCAUACUACGGGAUCCAGUUCAACCUGGUGACUUUCCUCAAGACGAUCUUGCAGGAGAGCAAUGUGUCCGCGGCGAGGAACUACACCAACUGGCAGGGGACUUGCUACAUCGCCCCCCUCGUCGGAGCUAUCGUGGCCGACUCCUAUCUGGGAAGAUACCUGACCACGCUGGCCUUCUUCGCAGUCUACUUAAUUGGAAUGGCUGCGAUGUCAGUUUCAGCAUCGUUCCCGGCGGCGUGCACCGGGCUGGACUGCCUGCAGGACGUUGGCUCAUCGCCUUCUUCCCAGUCCGCCGUGUUCUUCCUCGGCCUGUACAUGAUGGCCAUCGGAGCCGGCGGCAUCAAGCCCUGCGUCUCCUCCUUCGGCGCCGACCAGUUCGACGACAGCGUCCCGGCGGAGAGGCUUAAGAAGAGCUCCUUCUUCAACUGGUUCUUCUUCUCCAUCUACAUCGGCAGCUUCGUCUCCGGCACCGUCGUCGUCUGGGUGCAGGACCACUGCGGGUGGGUCGUAGGCCUAUGGAUCCCCACCCUGUUCAUCGCGUUGGCCAUUGCGAGUUUCUUGCUGGGCUCCGGUUCGUACAGGGUGCAGAAGCCUCUGGGAAGUCCGCUCGCAAGAGUUUCCCAGGUCGUCGUCGCGGCUGUGCGGAAACGGAAUGUACGUUUGCCGCGUGAUGCUUCUCUGCUCUACGACCGAUCGGAGGUUGAAUCAGUGGUGGAGGGUACCAAGAAAUUGCAGCAUACACCAGUUCUCAGUUUCCUUGACAAGGCUGCAGUGAUCUCUUCGGCCAAAGAGCUUUACUCGAAUCCAUGGAGGCUUUGCACUGUCACGCAAGUCGAGGAGCUCAAGAUCGUGAUCGGGAUGCUCCCGAUCUGGGCCACCGGUAUCGUGUACUUUUCCGUCCUCGCGCAGUUCUCCUCGACGUUCCUGGAGCAAGGGAGGAUGAUGAACACGGUUGUCGGCACCUUCGCCAUCCCCCCGGCGUCCCUGGCCUCCUUCGACGCCGUCAGCGUCAUCCUCUUCGUGCCGGUCUACGACAGGGUGCUCAUCCCGGCAGCUAGGAGGUUCACCGGCAACGAGCGGGGGCUCUCGGAGCUGCAGCGGUUCGGCGUCGGCCUGUUCCUCUCCGUCCUGGUCAUGGCGGCCGCGGCGGUGGUCGAGACGCGGCGGCUGGCGCUGGACCGGAUGGCUGCGGCGCCAAUGUGCAUCCUGUGGCAGGUGCCGCAGUACCUCCUGGUAGGCGCCAGCGUCGUGUUCGCGUGCGUCGGGCAGUCCGAGUUCUUCUACAACGAGGCGCCGGAGUCCAUGCGGAGCCUCUGCUCCGCGUUGGGGCUCCUCACGGUGUCGCUCGGGAGCUACCUGAGCUCGCUCGUGGUGAGCGUGGUGUCCGGCGUCACGACGAGGGGCGGCGAGGCCGGGUGGAUACCUGAUAACCUCAACGAGGGCCACCUCGACCGGUUCUUCUGGCUCAUCGCUGCGCUUAGCACGCUCAAUCUGGCGGUUUUCGUCUGGUGCGCCAAGAGAUACAAGUGCAAAGAUGUUUCUUGAUCGUAGAAUGCUCUAGAGUUUAUUUCAUGUCCUGCAGUCUGGACGCGUAUCCAUUCCUAAAUACUCCGUAUGUGGGAUGAUUUAUUUUUAGAAUCGUUUCCCACCCGUGCGCCGGCCGAACCGACGCGCCGGUCGUCCCUCGCGCACGCGGUCCCUUGCAACAUUUUUUCCAUCCGCGCGCUUCGCUGGUCAAUGCAUGCAACAUUUUUCGUUUAAA